AUGAAAAAAUGGACACUCUGUGGAGCUACUAGUGUGGGUAGGGGUCUAAAUUGCACAUAUAUAACUAGCAGGUAUUCGGUGAUGCCUACAGGUAGCGGAGUACCCCUGGAUCAAAUACUCCCAGUUAGAAAGAAAAAGAAAUCCUUUAUUGCCUCAAAGCUUGGGUGUGAUAACUGCAAAAAGCUUUCCCGAAGGAAAUGUGAUGAGGCACUUCCGGAAUGUGCUGGAUGUGUAAAGAAAGGGAUUCGGUGUUCAUAUCUCGAUGCUCCCCAGGAAUUUUUAGAUAGGAUCUCACGAGCUCAUGCGAUAAUUGCAGAUCAUAAACUUCAAAGCCAACGAGAGACUGUUCCUGAUGCCAAUUUUGGUAAAUUUAGGAUCACAAAAGCAGCACCAAAGCCCAUAAAGAAGUCAAAGAAGGUUACUAUUAACAAGCCCAAUAACAAUGUUGCGGAUGUAAGUGGACCAAAAAAACCUACAAAUGGUGGUAAAUCAACGGGGUUCAUUAACUUUCAAGUGGUUUCAAAGAAAAAACUUACACCCACAAUGCCUGAAAUACCAACAGAAGUUCUUAUGGAACCGGAAAAAGACAAAGGUGAAAACCCACUUUGUUCUGCAGAAAGUGGCCGGUUCCCAUUUACUCUUUACAAGCACACAGUUCAUCCAGAUCAUGAAAAAGCGUAUGAAAGAUCAGAGAAAAUUUUUUUCGAGAUUUUCAGCGAUUCUGCCGAAAUUCAUAGGAAAAGAUAUAAGCUUUUUUUCAUCUGCUUGGGGGAUCAAAUUCGUAAUGCUGAACACUCGUUGAUUUUAUUUUCUUCGUUGAUUUGUUUUAGUGGUUGCAUGUUCCAAAGACGUGAUGCGUUAUACCCGAACCAAAAGAGUCCUUACGCGUGUAUCACAAAUCUCGUGAAUAGGAAUUACUCUAUCACCGCUAUUUACAUCAAUAAGCAAUUUAGUAUCGUCUCGGAAAUCUGUCAGAGACCGGACAUCCUGAUGGAGGAUUUGAAAAGAUUAUCACCAUUAGCCUACACAGUAUCCAUGAGCGCAAUGAUUCAAUUCGGCUCAGUUUCAUUUUAUCGAAGUCUUAAUUACCGUGUGGGAAUGAAUUAUUUUGUGCAUUAUCAUGAAACCGUUAACACGUUUCGACUAUUGACAAGGAAAUUUGAAACGAGUAUUGGGGAUUUAUGUGUCGGAUUUGCCUUUUUCAAAGCCCUAGCAUACGACGAUAUGAAAGAAAUCUUUAUUCCAUCAUACGACACCGCAUUUUUGGCCGAAUUGUUUGAUGAUCUCAUGCAUUUCAAAAAGUUCAUUGCUCAUGAUCCCUACAUGAUGAGUCAGCUUGACGAAUUGGUAAGAUUCUAUGAUCUUUUGAUGAAUGAGGUCUUCCCCUUGAGAAAUCAUAAGUACGUCAUCAAGUAUCCUGCAGAUGUCAUCACAAAAGCCCAAAACUUUUGGUAUAAGAUAGUACCAGGGGAAAUGUCAUUGUUGAACAACAAUAGAAAUCUUAAUAUUGUUCAGAAGAUAUUUUAUGUUUAUUGGGUCACAUUCUGCGUAGCGCUUGAUUCAUGUAUUAAUCACGCUGGUUACGUCUGUGGGGUGGGAUUUUCUGGAUAUUCGAAAGUUACCGAGCCAUUCCAGCAUGCCAUUUUCAAAGAACUAGAUAAUGAUAAAAGUGUUACGGGAACUGAAUUGCGAGGCCAUGUGAAUUAUCUUGUUAGGAUCAUUUCCUUUUUUUCAGCCAGAUCAAAGAUAUACCAUGAAAAUCUUCACUUUAGAAAUCCAUUUCCAGAGUUUCUAAAAGACGGGUACAAUAGAUUCCGCUGUAGGGCUUUGCCGUUCAUCAAAGAGGAAUUCAUUUCGAAUUUUAAAUACAAUUACAUUAGAAGAGAAAAUUUCCCAUCAGUGUCCUACAAUAGCAAUAUGUAUGCCGGCCAAAAUGACCCUGUGUGUCCACCAUUAUUUGAUCACUAUCAAAUCCAAUUCAAAGAAACUAACCAUCCAUUGAAUACGAGAAUUUCAUCUAUUAUUCAUUGUGAGACUCCUUCCUAUGAGUGCCCAAUUGCUUUUCAAAACUACAAUAUUUCAAGAAAUGGACUAUUAUUGGGCGAUUAUAAUCCUUAUUCUUCUACCUUCAAUAAGGUUGAUACAGAUAAUCCUAAAGACGAACCUUCAGAAUAUAUUUCCGGGUAUUUGAAUACUUAUUUCACGGAACUCUUAAAAGAUCGGGGUCUCAUUCUCAGUGUGACGGUUCUUGACCAGCCUCCAGUCGGCUCUUUUUUCGAAACCGUUAUGAAUAACCUCAACUAUGGUAUCAUCCCUAAUGAAUACGAAAGUAAUACUGUCAACGUUGCUGUAUUGAAAAAUACUGCCCAUGACGCAAUUGUUUCGGUGAAUGAUGCAAAUAUUUAUGAUAUCAAUACUGCAAUCAUGGUCCCAUUCACGGGUGCUGACAUGGCCAGUUAUGAUUCCCCAAAUAUUACCAACUCUAGGUGUGUCGGUCCGCCAACAUACAUUGAUGGUAUUUCUGAUCACAAUUUAAAUACAGCCAUUCAGCCUAAUUGUCCAGCACCCCCAGCACCUCAAGUACCACCGCCACCAGUAUCAGUUCCUGGAGGAGUAGUUCAGGCUAAUAGCAUAUCCCACACCGGAGUGACUCAUGAAUUUCACUAUGCCAAUCAGAAUCAAUAUGGAAUCGCUUUACAUAGUACUCCGGGAAAUAGAAUCAAUAUUCCUGAUGUGAAUGUUAAUUUGAUGUUUAACCCCCGGAAUGGCAAUGACGAUAAUAAUAAUAACAAUAAUAAUAAUGGAGCUAUACCUAAUAAUUGGUAA